UCCACCCCUCUCAGCUCCAAGCCCUUCAGGUAAAAGGAAAAAAAAAUCUUUCAAGAAUUUGUUGCCUUUUUGAGGGUUAAAACAUCAGAAGACAAGCUUGUCUCGCCUUGGCCAAUCAGCUCUCGGCCCUGGCAGCUAUAAUAUAGAACUAAAGGCAGACUCCUCUCACAAGCGUCUUGCUUUGCUACCAUUAAAAUCAGACCCUUUUUUUGUCUCUCGAUUGCUGUCUCCCGACCAAACUCCGAUGUGUUCCGUUAUCAGCGACCUAAAGCCUGCCAUUCCAGCACCUGUCUUGCUAGGGAUCGGUGGAUAGUAUACGAUUCAGAAAGCAGACAAGGACAUAGGAGGAGAGAGAGCUCUAGAGAGACAGCCAGGGAUAGGCACAGAGAGCUUUGAAGUAAUUGGAUUCAAUGGACGAAAUGCUGCUGUUGACAAGAAUUCUCUUGGUGGGCUUCAUCUGCGCUCUUUUAGUCUCCUCUGGGCUGACUUGUGGACCAGGCAGGGGCAUUGGAAAAAGGAGACACCCCAAAAAGCUGACCCCUUUAGCCUAUAAGCAGUUUAUUCCCAAUGUGGCAGAGAAGACCCUAGGGGCCAGUGGAAGAUAUGAAGGGAAGAUCACAAGAAACUCCGAGAGAUUUAAAGAACUAACCCCAAAUUACAACCCUGACAUUAUUUUUAAGGAUGAAGAGAACACGGGAGCUGACAGACUGAUGACUCAGCGCUGCAAGGACAAGCUGAACGCUCUGGCGAUCUCGGUGAUGAACCAGUGGCCCGGGGUGAAGCUGCGGGUAACCGAGGGCUGGGACGAGGACGGGCACCACUCCGAGGAGUCCCUGCACUACGAGGGCCGCGCCGUGGACAUCACCACCUCGGACCGGGACCGCAGCAAGUACGGCAUGCUGGCCCGCCUGGCCGUCGAGGCUGGCUUCGACUGGGUCUACUACGAGUCCAAGGCGCACAUCCACUGCUCCGUCAAAGCAGAAAACUCCGUGGCGGCCAAAUCUGGAGGCUGCUUCCCCGGCUCGGCCACGGUGCACCUGGAGAAAGGCGGGACCAAGCUGGUGAAGGACCUGAGGCCCGGAGACAGGGUGCUGGUGGCCGACACCGAAGGCCGUCUGCUCUACAGCGACUUCCUCACCUUCCUGGACCGCGAGGACGGCUCCCACAAGCUCUUCUACGCCAUCGAGACGCGGCAGCCGCGGGCGCGGCUGCUGCUGACGGCCGCGCACCUGGUGUUCGUGGCGCCGCAGCACAACCAGUCGCAGGCGGGCGGGCGGUCCAGCCCCACUUCCAACCUCCAAAGCUCGGACACGGCCAGGGUGAUGAGACUUCAGAGUGACCAAAGCAGCUGCAGCGCCAGGAGAGGAACCAAGCCACGCUCCAGCCUACCCAACGAGAGGCAGCACGGGGGAACUGGACUGCCUGGUGGGUGCUGA